AUGUUAAAAACUGCUCUGUUUGGCGCCCGCUUAGCAAAGCAGAGCUUUGUGAACGCGCACAGCCUGAGCUCCUGGCACCCGGUCAUUACUACGGCUCGUCGCAUGUACAAUGACGAUCAUUCUAAAAGUCCUGCAGGAGCCGCUGCUGAUGUUGCACCAAACCAAGAGCUUCAGCUCACGUAUCUCACCGAGGAGGACAAGCAGGGCAUCGCCGUCCUGGGAAUGAAUAGGCCAAAGGCAAGAAAUUCCUUCAGUAAAUCGCUGGUGACCCAACUACUUGAUGCUAUUGAGGUCCUUGCGCACGACAAAAACGUACGGGUUGUGAUUCUGCGCAGUCUGGUGCCGGGCAUAUUCUGCGCCGGAGCUGAUCUAAAGGAACGUGCCACCUUCACGCCUCAGGAGGUGAGCCGAUUCGUGUCAAAACUACGCCAAAUGAUGGUCAACAUCGAGCAGAUGCCCACACCAGUUGUAGCCGCAAUCGACGGGGCCGCUCUUGGCGGAGGGCUCGAGAUGGCUUUAGCGUGCGAUAUGCGCGUCGUGGCCACCAACGCUAAACUGGGACUGGUAGAAACGAAGCUGGGAAUCAUCCCCGGAGCCGGUGGCACACAGCGCCUUCCGCGUAUCCUCAAUCCAGCCGUUGCGAAGGAGUUGAUCUUCACUGCACGCCAAUUCAGCGGUGAAGAAGCGAAAUCCCUCGGCAUUGUGAAUCACGCCGUGCAACCGAACGAAACCGGUGACGCUGCGUACCAACGGGCACUGCAGCUCGCGAUGGAAAUUGUCCCCAAUGGGCCAGUUGGCGUACGAAUGGCCAAACGAGCGAUUGAUAAGGGUUUGCAGGUCGACAUAGGCACCGGGUACGCCAUCGAGGAGGCUUGUUACGCGCAGGUGAUUCCAACAAAGGAUCGCAUCGAAGGUCUGCGUGCCUUUGCCGAAAAGAGGAAACCAAACUUUAUUGGCGAGUAAUAGCGACUGCAUGCGAAACGCAAAACCAAGA